AACAGAACUCUUCCCAGAGCCCGAACAGUGACUUGUGGUAUCUUCAACUUUUAUCAGAAGAGACAUGGGCUUCUUCAAAUUAUCUGCUGUCUUCUUGCUUGCACUCUUGCAGUGGAAGGUCCACGGUGAUGACAGUCCACCUUUGAAUUGUCCUCCAAACAGCACAUAUGACGUCAUCGGAUUGUGUGACACAAACUGCUCCAACAUAGUUAAACCUUCUAAAGGACCUUGUUUUGAUAUUGGAAUACUAACCUGUAAAUGUGACGCAGGACUCCUGGCUCAGACCGAGACUUAUGGGGAAUCUGUACAGUGCGUCAAACCAGAAGACUGCAAAGUCCCCUGUGGUCCCAACCAGCACUAUGAGUUCUGCGGAUCCGCCUGCCCACCAACAUGUGAAGAACCAAAUGGCCCUGAAAACUGUAUUGCAGUGUGUUCUCCAAAAUGUGUCUGUGAUGAGGGAUAUGUUCUUUCUGGAGAAACAUGUGUAAAGCCAACAGAAUGUUAUUAACCACAGAGCUCAGUCUGACCAUUCUGCAGCCAGUAUUAUGAGAAGCAAUGGAAUUAUAUGUGUAAAUGUGAAAAGCAGAUAAAGCAGAGCUGAACGUGUUAUGCUGUUUAUUUCAUCCAAUGUAACAAUGGAGCAAAUUUUCCUGUAAAUCUAUAGAAAAAACCUUCUUGUGUAAGCUCCAUAUUAAUGGAUUUAUUAGGUCACAAUAUCAAUUAAAUGCGGCUAUGGCUUAUCUGUCCUGAUACAAUGUUAUAAUAAAGUUGACCUUUAAUGAA